UGUUUUUGUAUUUUUUUAUACACAUUUGAUAUUCUAUUUAAAAUGACUACGUUAACCACGUUUCCUGAAGACGACAGAUGUCCCAAAGUGUGUACCGAUAUAGGAGCAUUUAAAAAAGCAGAUAAAACGCCGGAGCAAGCGCUAGAAGAGGUAAAAACAGCCGCUGAAGAAAAGGCCAAAGUUGAUACCAAAAUCGAACCACCAACACAAGCUGCACAACCACAAAACCCACCAGAAGUCAUGAGACCACCGCCUUCAGGCGACGAAUACCUACCAAACCUUAGACCUGGGCAAGAUGGUAAGGUAGACUGGACGCCCCUUGGCGGUAUGACAGGGACUAGACCAGGCGUUAAUAAAUACAGCAUAAGUAGAUAUUCACUUAGCGAAUGGCGAAAACAUAACGAACACGUACUCGAUCCAGAAAUACUAACCGAAUCUAAUAUUGUUGAAUACAACGCAAAAACUUCAAUGAUGCAAGCAUUUGGAAAUAUAGAUAAACAGCAGAGCGAAAAUGCUAAAAGGUUAAAACAGAAGGCAAGAGAUAUCUUCAGAUGGAAAGUGGAAGUCGAGAAGGCUUGUAAAGCGAUUACUGAUGAAGUGGAACAAUUAGAAAUUGAACGACAGCGCUUGAAAGGCGCUUCAAGAGUUCUUAUGUUACCAGAAUCGAUAUCUAAAGAGUGCUUAGAUCUUCGCUCCAAUCGGUUCGAACCAGAUUUAGUUGCAGAUCUUGCUGAACAAGAAUUAAUCAAAGAAAUGAACCUCGUAAGCGAAGUUAGAGCAACGCUUAAAAAUACGCUUAAUCAAAUAGAAGAACAAUUGGCUAUUAACAAAGCAGCUAAACAUCGCAUUGAAUUUGAUUGGUGCGAUAAAACCAUGGCUUAUAAUACAGAAACUACAAAUUUAGGUCUUAAUACCAAAUCAAACACAAUUUUAUUUCGACCUGGAUCAACUCGUUUCGGUGAUUUUACAGCACCUCUUGAAUAUUGGGAAUUCUUCUGUAGAGAAAAUGUACAAAACUGCGAAGCGGCUAGACAAAAGUCAGCUGAUUUACGUGGAAGCCUUAACGCUAUUUUAGUAAAUGGCGGUAGGAAACUAAGAAAUCAAGCUGACAAAACUGAUAUUGCUCUAGCCGAAACCGUAGCUAUAACACAAGAACUCUGUACCAAACUUGAAGAAACACUUCGCAAUACACUACAGAGAAUAGCCGAUACAGAAUCAUUGAUCGACAAUUUACAUGAUUCUAUACGUAAAAUGGAUGCGGCAAUGAAACUAGCGCAAACUAGACUAGACAAUAGAAACAAUUGGAGACCUCACGGUGAAAAUGUUCGUGAUCAACCACAUCUGGGUUUGAUAGAAGAAGUAAAGAAGAUUCACGAGACUGUCACUUCUUUAUUGGGUCAGGUAAGAAACGCUGAAAGAGUGAGACAGGAUCUCUUGAACAAAAGAAUCGAAUUGGAAAGGGAUAUAGCAUCGAAAAGAAAAACUUUAAACAUUGAUAGAGAUCGGUGUGGAAUGGUGAGGUCACAUUACCCAUCUGCUUCUGAAUUAGCCGGAUAUUAAAGCUUAUAGUUUCCUGGACCAUAAUGUAAUGCAAUCUUAAAUCAUAAAUCUUCAUAUGUAUGCAAAUUUGCACCAUUAUUGUCUACUCCUAAAUUAAAGUGGUCGUAAUGUU